AUGAUAUCGAAUAUUUAUUUGUCUAAUCAUAUUCUUUCAACAAAUCAAUGUUUUAUUUGUCAAAAAGAAUUUUCAUUUAGUGAAUUAAUUCUUCGAAAUUAUGGUAAAAAUACAAAGAAAUAUAUUUAUUAUCAUCCAACAUGUUUACAAUGUAUAAAAUGUCAGAGAAAAUUAUUAAAAGAAAAUAAAAAUUUUUUUAAUUUAAUUUAUUAUUGUGGAAAUAUUCGUUAUGAUCAAGUUUUAUGUGAUCAAUGUAAAAACAAUUUUAUUCAAUCAGAUAUUUUAAUAAAAAAUGAAAAAUUACAAGAAAAAAAGAAUAAAACAAAUUUUUUCAAAUCAUUUGAUAAAAUUAAUACACAUAAUUAUGGUCAAUUAUUAUUUGAACGAUUUAAACAACGUUGUAAAUUUGAACAUCAACAAAAUGAUUUAAUAAUUAAUGAUGAAAACUAUCAUGGAUCAUGCUAUGAUCAAGAUGUUAUUGAUAUCAGAAAACCGAAUGACUCUAAAAAAAUAGAUUUAAAUUCAUCAUUAACAUGUUGUCAAAAAGAUUGGAAUAAUAUUUAUGAAAUAAAUCGUAAACAAUGUUCACGUUGUCAUAAAACUUUUACACGUUUUGAUAUAUAUCAAACAAAUAAUCAUAUUGAUUUUUAUUGUAAUAUAUGUUGGAUUUAUCAAAAAGAAUUUAUAAUUAAAAAUCAAAAACAAUUUUCAUUUAUACGAUGUAAUUUAUGUGGAAAAUUUCUAUUAGAUCAACUUACGGAUGAUAUUAUUUCUAUGAAUUUUAUUCAUCCGAAAUGUUUAGAAAAACAUUUAAAUGAUUUAUAA